CGUUCGGGGGUCCUGCGGCCCGCGGCGGCGGCGGCGGCGACCACGACCGGGAGGUCCGGCGCUCCCAGUCGCGGAGUCGCCGCUCCCGCCCCUUCUCCGGCCUCGGCGGCGCCUGGCCGCGGCUUCCUCCUUUUCUACCCAGCUUCCCGCGGGCCUCCGGGCCGCGGCGGCGAGAAGCACCGAGGGGCUCCGAGAGGCUCCGGCCAGCCGCCACGGUCCACGCGCCCGGCCCGGGCUCCAUGUGAAGGAGGGACGGGCCUGGCCCCCGACCCGCGCCCGACUCCUCGUGCGCCCCUCCGGCUCCCGGGGGCCCGCAGCCUCCCCCGACCGGGGGGCGCGGUGACAGGCCGCGCGGGGGCGGAGGGGUGGGCCUGCGGCUCCCUAUGUCCCCGCGGAGCGGCCGGCAAUAGAGAAUGCUGAUGAGAGAACCAUUUCCCUAAUUUGCAGAUAGUCAAGCUGGUUGCCAUGAUGGAUGAUCAGCAAGCUUUGAACUCAAUCAUGCAAGAUUUGGCUGUUCUUCAUAAGGCCAGUCGACCAGCAUUAUCCUUACAGGAAACCAGAAAAGGAAAAUGCUUAUCACCAAAAAAGCAGAAUGAUGUCCGAGUCAAAUUUGAACACAGAGGAGAAAAAAGAAUCCUUCAGUUUCCCAGACCAGUUAAACUGGAAGAUCUGAGGUCUAAAGCUAAAAUUGCCUUUGGACAGUCUAUGGACCUACAUUAUACCAAUAAUGAGUUGGUGAUUCCAUUAACCACCCAAGAUGACUUGGACAAAGCUGUGGAACUGCUGGAUCGUAGUAUUCAUAUGAAGAGCCUCAAAAUAUUACUUGUAAUAAACGGAAGUACACAGGCUACCAAUUUAGAGCCAUUGCCAUCACUAGAAGAUUUGGAUAACACAGUAUUUGGAGCAGAGAGGAAAAAAAGACUUUCUAUAGUAGGUCCCACUAGUAGAGAUAGAAGCUCCCCUCCCCCUGGAUACAUUCCAGAUGAAUUACACCAGGUUGCCCGGAAUGGGUCAUUUACCAGUAUCAACAGUGAAGGAGAGUUCAUUCCAGAGAGCAUGGACCAAAUGCUGGACCCAUUAUCUUUAAGCAGCCCUGAAAAUUCUGGCUCAGGAAGUUGUCCAUCACUUGAUAGCCCUCUGGAUGGAGAGAGCUAUCCAAAAUCACGAAUGCCUAGGGCCCAGAGCUACCCAGAUAAUCAUCAGGAAUUUUCAGACUAUGAUAACCCUAUAUUUGAGAAAUUUGGAAAAGGAGGAACAUAUCCAAGAAGGUAUCAUGUUUCAUAUCAUCAUCAAGACUAUAAUGAUGGUCGUAAAACUUUUCCAAGAGCUAGAAGGACCCAGGGGACCAGCUUCCGGUCUCCUGUGAGUUUCAGUCCUACAGACCACUCCUUAAGCACUAGUAGUGGAAGCAGUAUCUUUACCCCAGAGUAUGAUGAGAGUCGAAUAAGAAGAAGGGGAAGUGACAUAGACAAUCCUACUUUGACUGUAAUGGACAUCAGCCCACCCAGCCGCUCACCUCGUGCUCCAACCAACUGGAGAUUGGGCAAACUGCUUGGCCAGGGAGCCUUUGGCAGGGUCUACCUCUGUUAUGAUGUUGAUACAGGAAGAGAAUUGGCUGUUAAGCAAGUUCAGUUUGACCCAGAUAGCCCUGAGACCAGCAAGGAAGUAAAUGCACUUGAAUGUGAAAUUCAGUUGUUGAAAAACUUGCUGCAUGAGCGAAUUGUUCAGUAUUAUGGCUGUUUGAGGGAUCCCCAAGAAAAAACACUUUCCAUAUUUAUGGAAUAUAUGCCAGGGGGUUCAAUUAAGGACCAACUAAAAGCAUAUGGAGCUCUUACUGAGAAUGUGACUAGGAAAUACACCCGUCAGAUUCUGGAGGGAGUCCAUUAUUUGCACAGUAAUAUGAUUGUUCAUAGAGAUAUAAAAGUGAACUUCUUCCAAAGAGCUAAGUAUGGAAAAGGGGAAAGAGUAACUUUACAGGGGAGGACUCUGCAAACACCACCUCAGCCAGGCUAUCAAGGCGCAAAUAUUCUGCGAGAUUCAACAGGCAAUGUCAAACUAGGAGAUUUUGGGGCCAGCAAACGGCUUCAAACCAUCUGUCUUUCGGGGACAGGAAUGAAGUCUGUCACAGGCACACCAUACUGGAUGAGCCCUGAAGUGAUUAGUGGAGAAGGCUAUGGCAGAAAAGCAGAUAUCUGGAGCGUGGGCUGUACUGUGGUGGAAAUGCUAACGGAAAAGCCUCCUUGGGCGGAAUUUGAAGCAAUGGCUGCCAUCUUUAAAAUCGCCACUCAGCCAACGAACCCUAAGCUGCCACCCCAUGUCUCAGACCAUACUCGAGAUUUCCUCAAACGGAUCUUUGUAGAGGCCAAACUGAGACCUUCCGCUGAUGAACUUUUAAGGCACAUGUUUGUGCACUAUCACUAGCAGCCAGUAACCUCUCCUGUGCCUCUACCCAGCUCCCAUCUAUUCAUUCACCUUCUCUCUGACUGCACUUUUCUUUUUUAUAAAAAAGAGAGAUGGGGGAGAAAAAAAAGACAAGAGGGAAAGUGUUUCUCUUGAUUCUUGGUUAAAUUUGAUUAAUAAUAAUAGUAUCCUAAAGUUUUUAUAUUUAAUCUUUUUUUCCCUUACAAGAACUUGAAACUUUUUUUUUAAAAUUUUUAUAAUGUACUGAUGUGGUUCAGAGACAUAAAGCACUUUAGUACAUAGUCACUCUUUUUAGUACAAAAAGAUCAUUUGGAAUACCUAAAGAUUGUAGAGUCUUUCCCUGUGUCACUGACAGAUUGGCAGUGAUGGGGAGACAUGGAAAACAAGGAGAAGAAAAUAAUGUAUAAUUUGUAGUUUUUAGUGAUAGUAUUUAAAAUAGAUUCUUGUUUGUGGGGUUGAGCCCUAAACUUGAGUUUAGGAUAGGUACUCAGCUUAAAGAAUAUAGGUUCCUUCUUGUAUCUGUAUUCUUUAGAUCCUAACCUCUGUCUACCAAGCUUUUUGCUCAGUAGGACUCUUGAUAGAAAAUAUGAAUCUCUAGGAGGUAUGUUUGUUUGUUAAUCCUAACCAGUAUAAUAAGCAAAUACACUAUAAUAGAUCCAUGUUACUGGAAUCUAUAAACCUUGAGGGAUAGCUUUCUGCUUAAAAAAAGAACAGAUAUUGUUUUAUUUUAAAACAGAUAUGGGAAGUCAGUAAGCAAAUCCAAAUUAAAAGACAAAAGGAGAUUGCUCUAAUUAAAUGUGUAAGCAGUAGAAGAGACCACAUUUGCUGGUCAACAGAAAUAAUGAAAAGAAGAACUAAGUGUUGUUUAGUGUAUUUUAAACUGUGUUCUUUAACUGAGGGGGAAAGUCCCAAAAAUCAAGGGGAAGGAGAAAUAGUCAAAAUCUUGUAUACUAUAUCUUCCCUGUUUCUAGCUCCUGAUUCCCCAUAGAUAACAUUGUUUAGGAAGUAAGAGUUUAACCUGCAGUAUCCAUGUGUUAAAAGCUAGUGUCACGAUAUGAAACCCUUGUUCUUGUUCUUUGGAUCACAGACUACUAAAGCACCUCAAAAAACAGCAUGUAAAACAGUGGUUUUCAUAGCUGGGGUGAGGAUAGUUUUGCUUGGCAUUUGGCAAUGCCUGGAAACAUUUUUGGUUGUCACAACCAAGAGAAUGCUAGAGGCAUCUAGUGGUUAGAGGCCAGGGAUGCUGCUAAACAAACUAAAGUAUACAAGAACAGCACAUCCAGCCCCCCAACAAAGAAUUAUCCUGCCCCAAAUGUUAAAAGUGCAGAAGUUGAGAAACCCUGAUAUACAUACCAGCCCCAGUUAUAAAUGAAAAUGGCCAUUUACAAAGCAGGUUCCUUGCAAAAAGUAAGUUUCAGAGAGUGAUGUAAUGCAUAAUGAGGGUUUUACAAGAGAAGAUACCACUACUUCAAGUCGAGGGUGAAAGGUCUCAACAAACAGCCAGUAACAAUCCUUUCCCUUCCAGCUGCAUCUCGCACCCAAAUCAGUAACUUCCAUUUUAGACACAAAAUGAACUUAAACACGGAGCCUAUUGAAUACACUCAGUCAUCUGUGUGUAUUCUUUCCUCAAAAGUCAAUUCAUAAUUGUGGGAAAAGAAAGGCAUAUUAAAACAAAGUAUUAGCUGCUUUAUAGGAAGGUUAAAAACUGCCAGGUAUUUCUAGUAUAAGAGCAACGACAUUAAGCGGAACGAGACAGCUGGGAAACUCCCACUAUCUCUAAUGGACUUGUGCUACUGAAAAACAUGAAUGAUAUCGGUAAUUUGGCCACUUGCAAUUUUUUUCAACGUAUUAAAGCAAAUGCUAAGUACUUUAUUUUUAAAGGUCUAGAAAAUAGUAUUCUUCUUGGAGGCCCUAACUGUGAUGCCUUUCAUGGGAUUCAUAAGGGACUCUCAGGUAUUUUGUUUUCUGCUGAAAGGUAUGCUCGUUUAGGAACUCUUUUAAAAUACUUUGUUUCUGAAGUUAAGUAGAUCUUGCUUUACUGUAUCAAGGUCCUAUCUGGCAUUCCCUGUAGGAAUAUUUGAAAUUCCAUUAGCUAGUCUGAGAAGAAGUCAAAGCACAAAUAUAGUUGUUAAAGUUUCUCGCAUACCCUUAUAAUGAAAGGAAGCAGCUUGCAAGGAAGAACGUGAAUUAAUGGCCUACUCCCCCUGGGAAAUCAACUGCCAAAUCUUGUGCUAUAAACAUAGUCCCCAAGGAUGUGGAUCUAUUAUAAUUUCUUUAUCUUUUAUGAGUGAAGCCAUCUCUUCUACUUGAGCAAGGUCAUGGUAUCUGGACCAGUGGGCUUUUCCUUUGUUUCUUUGUAUUGUGUGGUUGUGAUUUCCUUUUGGCUCAUUUUUGGUCUGUCAGGGUAAUCAGCAGUGCAAAAUAUGAGACAGAUGCUCUUUAAAGAGAAAUCUUGGGAGACUGUGAAACCCAAAGCAAAAUUGUUUGCUUUUUUUUCAGUCUCUUUUUCUUUUUGAAAUGCUAUAGAAAAUAAAAUUACCUGAAAAGAAACUACUACUUUAACACUGCUGCACAAGACCUUUGUUUUAUAAGAAAAAUAUUACUAGCUAUGGAAAAGUAUUGUUCUUUAUGUAAAGAUUUAAGAAUAGACUAAUAGUUUACAGAGUUAUAUAAAAAUGUGAUGUGACUUUAUGUCAGACAAGUUGUAAAGGUACCAAAAACCACAGUAAAAGUUAAUAUAUAUAAAAACUACUAGAACAAAAAAGCUUAAAGUGGGGUGAGGUAUGAAAGACCAAAAUUAAAUUUAAAAAAGAAAAUUUUCAAAGGAACCACCUCUAUCGGGGCAGUUAAAAUAACACUCCAAUUUUUUCUUUCUAAUAAUGGUAUGGAUCAACAAAUGAAAUUUGAACUUUUUAAGAUGACUCUAAAUGUAUUUUGUUUUUUAAAUGCACAACUGAUUCUUCUAUACUGUAAUGUUUCUUUGCUGAGGCUGGAAAAUGACCAGACUGCUAACUUUGUGCCUUUAAAAUGCAUUCUGCUUUGAUAGUGGCAGACUUCUUGGUGCUGGAGAAGAUUCACUAGCAGUCUUAUAUGUGCUUUUCAGGAAAUAUCUUUCUACUUAGGCCUUGAGAGAUUCAAAAUGGCAUGAUUUAGGCUUGGACCAAAUAUAAGAUCUUUUACAUUGCAAACAAAGUGUAUUGAAUAAAAGGGUUGAAAAAUAUCAUAAUGACUAAUGGAAGUUUUGAUGAUAAUUCUUUAAAAUGUAUUUAAAAAUAUACAGACUUUGAAAUUUUCAGUAUGACUAUCUUUAAUUUUCCUCAUUUACAAAACAUGUUUCUAACCUGAAAAAUGGUUAAAGACUACUGCCUUAGAAAGUUUUCAAAGGCACAGUCAACCUUACAUAAUUUAUAUAAGAGAUUGAAAUGUUAAUGCACAGGCUGAACUAUAAAAGAAAAAUUAAAACUUAUUUCAUAGUACAUUGAAUUGGCUUUCACUUGAAGGAGUCUUUAUCUUAUUCCCAGUUGAAGCUACAUUAAAAAGAGGAAACUAUUUCUUUAGAGUAGCUUUCUUUGCUACUUCAACUCUUAUAUAUGUCAGGUCUGGUGUGUCGUAUUUCUGAGAUGGAGUUGUUAUAAGAUACAUGAAAUCAUUGAGAAAAUCAAAUCUGAAUAGUUUAUAGGACAAGUAAGCUUGGGUGCAAAAGCCAAGAUGUUCGCCAGGUGCAAACUCCUUGGCCCACAGCAGAAUUCUUUGUCACUGAUUUCAUUUGGGACUAAUAGCAUGAUAUAAAUCACCUGGUGUCAACCAAGUAUAGGAAUCUAUUGAUUUUGUUUUAAAUAAGGUGAAUCCUUUUCAUUUGCUUAUUCAGUAUUGUGGCUUAUUAUGUCGGGUACUAAAUUAACUUAUCCUUAAGGAGGUCACAGUUAGGAGGAAAAAUGGGCAGUUACUUAUUUUUAUGGCAUAUCCUGAAUCUGAAAGUUCAGCAAUGAUGUUUUAAAAUGUUAUUUCUUAUGAAGUGAGGGAAAGCAAUUUUGGGUAACCAUUGGCUAUUAUAAACUAAAAUGUCAUUAACAACAGCAAUUAAAAGUUUCCCCAAAUUGGAGGGAUCCGUGUAGGUCAAGCAACCUCUCUCUCAGGACUCCCUCUUACAAAACCCAGCCUCUGCUCAAACAGUUCCAGUGAUGGGGGCAUUUAUUCCAUUACAUAGUACUUUUUCCUCCUUUUUCCUUUAAAGAAAAAAAUAUUUUCUUGUGGUAUAAAUUGUUAAAAUACCCAAAACAUUUGAUAGAAAUUGAAUUCUGUCAACAGUGUUAUUUAUACUAAGAUCAGGAAAAUUUCUUGAGAUCUUAUUGUUGUAUAUGAAGUUUGGCCUUAGUUACAAAUGCACUGUUCAUAUUUAUUUGAAUUUUAACAUUGGUUAAAAUGUCAAUGGAAAGGAAUUUGUUAAUUUUUCGUAGUGCCUUUUUCUCUGUAUGCCUUAAUUUUGUUUUAUAUCAAUAAUAAUUCAAGUUACCCACCGAAAUGAAGGUUUUUCCAAAAUCAGUAGGCUUCAAGAGUUGAUUUGGCCUUAGACUGUGUAUUGGCCCUUAAACAUUUCUUAACGCCUGCUUCUUCCUCCUACCCUUUUCUACCUCUUUUUUUUUUUAAUAUGUUAGAAGAGCAACAUUAGCAUUGUUCUGUGGUAGACACAUUGCAGUUUUACUAGACACAAAUUCCUAUAAUAAGGAUAGAAAGAGGUAUUCUAAUUCUAAAGAGACAUAGUGAAUUGUUUUCCAGGUUGAUUACUUGAUUUUCAAUCACACUGGCACUGUCCAAAUUCUUUGUGUGUCGUAGUUCAGUUAUGAUUUUCAAAGCAGAACUAGAAAGGUGGUUUUUGUCCUAAAGAGGUCAUUUAAGUGGUUUACAGAUGUUAAGGCAAUGAGACUUAGGGCAAUGAGCAAGAAAUCCAGGGAUAGCAAAUUCUAAUCCUUACUUUCUAACUAACAUUUUGACUAAAACUCCACCUUACUUUUCUGUGCAGUGUGUGUGUGUGUGUGUGCGCGCGUGUGUGCGCGUGUGAGUGUGUGUGUUUGUGUGUGUGUGUGUGUUUGGAGUUGGUGCAGGGGUGGGAAGGAAGGAAACGUGUGAAUGUCCAGUUAGAUUAGUCUCUGUUCUUGGAAGAACAGCUCAAAUGUGUGUGACCUACUGAUGAUGGAAUGCCAGCACAUUUUCCACAAGUAGCUAGUACAAACGGUUGUUUAAUAAAGGUAUUUAUUGUAAAUUGCCAAGCUCUUGGUUGCUAAAAGUAGAUUAAAAUUGAAUUUGUAUGUGUGUAUAAUAGCUUAUAUAUAAUUCUUAAGUAGAAAGUAAUUGGUUUUGCAUAGUUCUUCAUGAGCUCUUUGGAAUAGAAAUUCUGCCAGACAUCAAAACAAGCUUCCUUAGCUUACCAAGUGUUCAAAAGGAAAUUUUACCUCUUUUUUGGUUGGCUAGGGAAGGUGUGCUGUGAAGCCACUGUUCCUACUUCAUAGUCGUCUUUAGCUUUGCUUUAACUUCUGCCACAGUCUGGACAGGAUGCCAUAAUAGGUGUGAAAGUAUCAGGGCCAGCCAUCUCUCUGUACUAACCUUUCAGAGCUGUAGAUGGUAGUGAGCUCUCAGGGGUGUCUAGAGAACCUUCUCUAGGUUAUAGUGAGAGCCAGACAUGGUUUCGUUUCAGAAGGUCGAGGGAGGAGUCAUAGCUAUCAUAAAGAAAAGAAUAAAUUUUACCUGUUGCCUGUAUACAGUCUCUUAUGUAAUUCAUAUUUUUCAUAAUUGUGCAUUUUAAUUGACAGUAAUGA